UCCCCUCAGGGAUCAAUAAAGUAUUUCUGAUUCUGAUUCAAAUGUCCCAGAGCUUCCCUUCUACAGGUGUUGGUGAUGUAAUCCUGUGCUACACUCUGCACCUGACCUUGUGGUGGACAUAAGUCAAACUGCUGAUCAGGUGUAGGGAUCUUCAGAUCAGGAGCUGAAUGCAAAGAUGGAGAGUUUCAGCGAUGAGCCAAUCAGAACACUGUCCCUUUGUGAUGUAGACAGCUGACUUGAGUGGAAUCAAACAGUCACCUGACAUGUGACCCUUUCUGCUGUGGUGAUUGGUUCGUAGCAUUGAGGGCGGGGCUACCUGAUUCAGUGGAGAGCAACACAUUAGAUCUUUGAUCAAGCCCAAAAAGUCUUUUCCGGCAUCCCCUGUGGCCCCCACCGCCUCAGCCUAAACGCACUAGACUGGUAUUUUCGCCACAGCGCCUGAUUUGGUCUGGAACCAGAAAGACUCAGGCGGGACUGCGUUGUAAGUCAACAAUCACACACUUCAGUGGAACAUUACAUUUCUGUCCGAGCCCGACCCACAACAUUAGUUUUGGGCCUGAACCCGGCGGGUCGGGUCCAGUCGGGCAGAGAAUCAAAGCUCUACAGCACAUUACAGCAGACGAUGUGGUAACAGGAACCUGCAGAGGAGGAUUUUCGUCUUACAUACGUGACACUGCAUUCCAUUAAAGCAGGUAGCCCCGCCCUCGCUGUGAAGCAACAAUCAUGAGCAGCAGGGUGACCUGGAGCGCAGCCAAUGACGCGCUGACUGUGUUAAAAAGGAAGUAGUGAAGCUGAAGGCAUCGCCCUGCUGUUGAGAGUGACUGACAGUCUGCAUCCAGACAACAUGAAGGCUUCACCUGUGUCUCUGCUGCUCGGUGUGUCCGUGCUGCUGCUGUCUGGACUGACUGUUUCUGCAGUCUCUCUGAGGCUCAGUCCAAACCGUCCUCAGUUCUUUAUCAAAGAGUCGGUCUCUCUGAGUUGUGUUGAAGCUGGACAGACUGCUGACGGAUGGACGGUGAAGAGGACAGCAGGAGGACACAAUGAAGACUUUGGUGGUUCCUCCUGCAUCGUCUCCAAUCUCUCCCAAUCAGACACCGGCGUUUACUGGUGUGAAACCAGUUCUGGACAGAGGAGCCACCAGAUCACCAUCACUGUAACUGAUUCAAAAGGUCCUCCUCCUCCUGCUCCUCCUCCUCCUCCUCUCUCCUCUCGCUUCCUAAUAGUUGCAGCAGUUGCGGGUUCUCUGGUCCUGGUCCUGGUCCUGGUCGGAAUGGUGUUGCUCUGCAGGAAUCAAACAGAUACUGUCCGAUCUGUUCAAAGGAAACACACUGCAGGUCUCGGUUUGCUGGCUGCUGCAGGUGUGGCGGUGUUGCUGUAUGGACUACUUGUUUCUGCAGCCUCCGCUCUGUCUGUGCUCAGACUCUUCCGCCAUCUAGCGGUCAUCUGUCCAUACUGCGUCUCUACUGGUCUGAUGGUGUCGAUCUGCUGCAGCAGGACGACAGGAAACAAACCUGCGGUCUCCAUGGAGAUGAACCAGCGUGUCGGAGGAAGUCACCAACUGGAUGAAGAUUAUGAUGACGUCGCUGCUGAUGUCACCAAUGAGCAUGACUUCUGAGCUGUGAUCACAGCAGCUGUCUUUAACAUGGACUCUGAUCAAUAACAAGAUGGAUCUGAAGUCAGCUCCUGGAUCAGUUUGAACAUGUGAAAACUGAAUCACUGAUCAUCAUCAUCAUCAUCUUUCUUUAUUUUUCAGUGGUCAGAAACAUAAUGUUAGGAAACAUGUAGAAACAAACACAUAAGGUACCUGUGUAAGGAAUAACUGUGUUGCUUAGUUUGACCAUAUACCUGUAUGUUGUAGAAGCCCUGCUUUAUAAAAGGAGUCAAUCUGAGGGAAGCCAGAUUUUUGAAGACCUUCUAGGUCUUUUCCUUUUUGCUCAGACCUUUUGCAUUUUUGCAGACUUUUUAGACUUUAGGAUUUUGUUUGGUUUCUUUACUCUUUUUAUUCUCCUCUAGCUCAAAGUGUUAAGUUUCUGGACGUGGCUUUGUAUGUUUUGAAGCUUUGGUUAAUAAAACUUGAUAGAUAAUUUUGAUCUAUCGAAAGAC